UUCUUCUAGUAGAUUUUAUAACGAGUGUGUGGUGCUUGUGACUUUUGUGUGAUCAUUUUUAUUUUAUCAAAAUUUGGUUUUAUUUUACCCGCGGUGUCCAAGAUUAAGGGGUUUUGAUGUCAUAAAAAAAAUAAAUAAAAUUUCCCGCUUGAAAAUUAGAAAAUUGAAUAAUCAUUUGAAAAACGGACGUUUGAGUCAUUAAAAAAAUAAAUCAAAAGCGCAUUUUUUUCAAUUAUUAUUCAAUUUUUCAAUUUUGAUUUGGGGAAAUUUUUCCCCAUUUUGACUUGUCAAAACAUAUCAAACCCCAUUUAUUCUUGGACACCCGGUAUCGAUUGCCUGAUUAAAAUGGCAAUAUUAUUUUGAAUUUUGAAAUUUGACAAAAAUUGUCGACCAAAAGUAUAGAUUUGAAUUUUAUCUAACCUAAGUCGAAUGCAUUUCAUCGCCGGUUGUAGCAAAGGUUACAGGCAAGGAUUAUCGGGAUUUAGAAUUGACGACGAUAUUUACGAGCUGGUAAACCCCUACUUGGAGAAAGCGGAAAGGGUAAUUGUCGCAUUAAGAACGGUCUACAGACGUUUGAAUGAGAUUUACUCGCGUUCUAGGGGAGAAUUAUUCGCAGAUUACAGUUUGUAUUUGAAGGGUCAAGAAAGACUGCGAGUAACAUUAAUCAAUACCAUCGACGUAUGCAAACGGUUGCAUACACUUUUCGAAUUCGUCAUAAACAAGGAUCAUCUAAAAGCUCUAAAUGGAAAUCAACGUAUUGAGGUUUUACGAGAACACUUACGAUCUGUCAAUUUGGAUAUCGGCGAGGCGAAUUCGACGUCGGAUAGAGGCGCAGAAGGAACAGUUGCGUCAGAGCAGCCGAAACCAAGUGGAUCAGGUUUGGGACAACAAUAAGCCCAUGCUACAACACGUCUGCUCCUAAAUGUUCAAAUCUUUGCGAAUCCGUCGUUUAAGGUUGCAACGCAAACGUAACUAACCAGAAAAGACAAGUCUGAAACCAUUCAAAUCUGCUUCUAUUAUUUUUAGAAAUUUAUGUAAUGUAAUUUAUCCCUUCAUCAAGUUGUUAGUUAUUAGUUAUUUGUUUAUAUUUUUUAUCUAUAUUUUUUUAUCUGUAUUUUUUUUUGUAUUUUCUCUCUUUUUGCGUUGUUUUUGUAUUCUCUAUUCUGUAAAUUAUUUUUAGUGAUUUAAUCUAUGAACUUAUCAACUGAUAUUUUUGAAUAAAAACGUUCAAUUCGA